AUGAGCACCAGUAGCGUCCCCAUCGCCCAACCGGUGGUAUUAUCAUUGGAGGAUCUCAAAACAGGGAACGUGCCAUUUGAGAAGCUGGUCGAGGCAUUUGGCCCCAACUCUCUUGGAAUAUUGGUUGUUAAAGACGUGCCUUCAGAAUUCGCUGGCCUUCGUCACCAAGCAUUAUCCUAUGCCUCGUAUCUUGGAAAUCUGCCAGAACAGGAGUUGGUCAAAAUCGAGAAUGCCGCAGCUAAAUACCUCACGGGAUGGUCGUUGGGCAAGGAGCAGCUCAAGGAAGGACAAGUGGACACAUUCAAGGGCUCAUUUUAUGCCAACUGCGCAUUCUACACUGACCCAUCACUCGACUGCGCCAAGCCCACUCCCGAAUUCAACCAGGAGAACUUCCCUGAAUACGUCUCCCCUAACGUAUGGCCCGGCGACACAGUCCUCCCAGGGUUCAAGUCGUCCGUUGAGAAGCUGUGCCGUCUAAUGAUUGACGUCGCCGUUCUUGUCGCGCGUGCCUGCGACCGAUACGGCGAGCGCGAGAUUGACGGCUACAUCAAGGGGUACCUUGAACACGUCGUAGGCACGAGCAACACAACCAAGGCCAGAUUGCUCCAUUAUUAUCCCCAGGCAAAACUGCCAGAAGACGGACAAGGCAAUGAGGAUGAUUGGUGCGCUACCCACUUGGACCACGGCUGCCUCACGGCCUUGACCUCGGCCAUGUUCGUCAACGAAGAGGAGACGUCGUCGCGUGUUCCCGAGGGCGCUGCGGCGGGCGCGACUCUGCCUGCGCUGAAGGAGCUCAACGCAAGUCCCGACCCUAAGGCCGGGCUGUACAUCAAGUCGAGGACGGGCGAGACUGUGCAGGUUAAGAUUCCUCGGGACGCCAUCGCCUUUCAGACAGGCGAGACUCUUGAGAGGAUUACCAAGGGGAAGUUCAAGGCGGUUCCGCACUUCGUACGGGGUGUGAGCCCUGCGAUAAGCAACGGAAAGAUUGCCAGGAAUACCCUCGCUGUGUUCACGCAGCCAAACUUGGGGGAGGUGGUAGAUAUGGAGCAGAACAUCAAUUUUGGCGAGUUUGCUCGGGGGGUGGUCACGAAGUAUACUGUGAAGAACUGA